AUGGUGAACACGGUUGCAGACAAUUCCAACAAUACCGUGGUUAUCAUCAACACCAUUGGCUCCCGCCUGCUGGACCAGUGGAUCGAGCACGACAACGUGACAGCUGUUCUCUACGGAUCUAUUCUGGGCCAGGAGUCUGGCAACGCAAUUGUGGAUAUCCUCUAUGGUGAUGUCAACCCUUCGGGUCGUCUGAUCCACACUAUUGCCAAGAACGAGAGUGAUUACAAUGUCGGGCUUUGCUACACUGCUCAAUGCAACUUCACUGAGGGAGUUUACAUUGACUACCGCUACUUCGAUGCAAAGAAUCUUACCCCCCGAUACCCUUUCGGUCACGGUCUUUCAUACACCUCUUUCAAGACUAAAGCCCCCAAUGGUAACUGUACCGUCGGUGGAACCAGUGGUCCAUGGGACGUUGUAGGAACUGUCUCUGCCCGCAUCACCAACAAUGGCACGCAUACGGGUGUGGGAGGUUUCCCCGCUGUACCUUGGGUUCCCCAAUGCAGCGGAUCAGCCUCCUGCGUGGCCCGUGACAUUUCGUAUUGGGAUGUGACUGCCCAGGAAUGGCUUGUUGCUCCUGGGACGUACCAGGUCCAUGUCGGUGCAAGCUCUCGUGAUCUGAGGCUGGACGGCACCUUUGCUCUGAGAGUGAAGUCUUAG